AUGAAGAAGGACAUGUUUCUCUUUGAUCUCAGAGCGGAAGAAGUUUUUGUAACACAGUCGGUGGUGCUGGAAUGCUACUCAGCUGAACGUUUACAUGAAUAUAAUUUGGGUUUAAUGUCUAUAUCAACCCCUUCGAAGAUUGUAGGAACAAUCUUUGGUUCCAAUAAUGGAACAUUGAGGACCAUCUUACUAUGUCUUCUUGUAUCUUCUGCUGUACAGCUACUCAUCCCACUUCUUGCUGAACAUGCCAUAUGGAUUCUCUCACUUACGCAUCACUACACGAAAUGUUUGUUACGGCUUCACUGCGGUGCUGGAAAUAGUACAAGCGAAUUAUCGCUAUCAGUUGGAAAUGGGCCUACACACUUUCCCGAGAUUUUUCCGGUGGAACCAUGGGUGGGUGUUCCACCAGCUUCUCUCGUUUCUCGUCGUAUUGAUAAUGAGCUUUCCGACCGUACACGUGAACAAGAGGCUUUAGCAGCUCUUGCUGCGGCUAAGGACAGCAGGCUACAAGGAAAUGCUCGAAAGGCUCGAGCCAUCAUUGAGCAUGCACUUGCACUUGCGCCAAAUCAUCCGGACGUUUUGACAGAAUACGGGCUUUAUCAUGAGGUGCUUGAAAAGAAUUUCCUCGAGGCCGAUCUCUGCUAUGCAAAAGCUCUGGCUUUUGAUCCUACUCAUUCCGAAGCGCUUGUACGAAGAAAGAAAACAUUGCCUCUGGUUAGUGCAAUGGACGCUAAACUUUUACGCAGAAUACAGAAGAAACGCGACGAAUUUGCACGCCUGCCACAUACUUCGUCAUUGAAAAGAGCUAUGCGUGAGAGCUACUUCAUGCAUAUCUAUCAUACUGUAGCCAUCGAAGGAAACACGCUGACGCUUGGGCAAACGCGUUCGAUAUUGGAAACUGGCGUGGCCGUCGCUGGGAAGAGUAUUCAUGAACACAAUGAAGUAAUAGGAAUGGAUGCUGCGCUUAGAUAUCUUAAUCAUUCUCUUCUCCACAUGAGCGAAAUUACUCUCGACGAUAUUCUGGAAAUGCACAGAAGAGUGUUGGGGAACGCAAAUCCCAUCGAUGCAGGGCGCAUUCGAACAACUCAGGUAUUUGUCGGGCAUUUCACUCCAGUGGGCCCUGAAUAUGUCAGGGAACAACUCAAUGAGCUCGUUGACUGGCUGAGAGAUCCUUCAACGAUGGAACUGGAUCCAGUCGAGAGAGCUGCUAUUGCACAUUAUAAACUUGUUGUUGUCCAUCCUUUCGUUGACGGAAAUGGACGUACUGCGCGUCUUCUUCUCAACUUAAUUCUGAUGAGAGCUGGCUUCCCACCCGUCAUACUGCCGGUUGAAUCGCGAGCUGAAUACUAUGCAACUCUUCACACCGCUAAUCUUGGGGAUUUACGGCCUUUCGUCAGAUACGUGGCGCGUCAUACAGAAAGCACAUUGCAGUUCUACAUCAACUCAGCAGAAAAAUGCGGUGUCGACUGCGCUGAUAAUGGCUUGCGCGGCGAAGAAUCGGAGAGGAUACAGUCUGGUUCGGGUAUCGCCCAAGAAACAGUAAGAAGUUGAGAAUUAUCUGAGCUGACAUGGACGAUCUUCACAAUUUGGAUUCUUUAACCACAAACGAGGCAUUCAUCCUGAUGAGUUUUGCGUUUACUCUGUUGUUGAUGCUGGACAUUACUUUUCUUAACUCAACUACCUAGUCUUGGAACGAGUUGCUUCUCAGGUGUUACCUUCUUGCGUCAUAUCGAUAUACUACGCGCGAUAGUUGAUUAUAGUCACUCAAUCACAAGAUUUCUAUUCAACCCACUCUGUCUGCUGAUAAUCUUUCAUUGUUAUAAUUGAUACAAGAUUUCUAUCUAACCUUACAAUCUCUGUCUACUAAUAAUCUUCAUUGUUUUAAUUAACCUGUGCAUCAUACAUUCGGGUACUUGGGCUGUGAUAGCGGUCUCAAUCGCUGGGCGUAGUGAUGAACUCGUUGAGUUUUGUUUCAAUUGUUGUGCUUUGACAGCAUAAGUGCUGCAAAUUUG